UCCUUGCCUGAGGCUGCCUACGAAAAAUUAAAAAAAACAUGUUUUCUGUAAACAGUAAAUUCAUAUGGUUUUCAAAUCAAAAUGGGGCUUGAAGCUUGUUGCACUGAACCAUAGACAUUGCAUAUCAAGUCACUUUGUGAAAGGGAAAGACUCAGAGAGAGAGAGAAAAUCAAAGCCAAAAGUGAAGAUUGUUGAUAAAAAAAGGAAAUUAGUUUCAGAAGUUACAAGUAAAGUUGACAACUUAAAAGGCAGUUCUUUAAACUGAAAGAACUAAAGUUAUUGAAACAUUGCCAGUCAACCUUUUACAAUGUGUGAGGUUGAUUGUUUACAUUAACGGGCUGACAGAUAUUGCCAUAGCAACAGAGAUUAGUGUGAACAAAGAGGGUCAUUAAACAGAAAAUCGUUUACAGCUAUUGAAUAGAUCCACACAGGUGUAGCAGCAUUCAAAAUAUUUGCCAAUGGUGACUAUUGAUUAACUGUUACUUGUUCCAAAAAAGAAGCAUAACAUACCAAGGUCGUUAUUCAGUAUCAAAAUGUCGACUUGCCAAGUGUUUGGUUGUUUUGGCUAUUAUUAUAAAGGAGCAAGCUUAUAUAAGUUUCCAGACCCAUUAAAACAGAAAGAAUUGUACCAGACGUGGCUGCGAAUCCUUAACCUUCAAGAUGACAGUUUCACUCCUUCAAGGCACAAGGGUGUGUGUAGCGACCAUUUUGAAACGUCAAGUUAUGAGUUGAAUUUUAUGACUAAGUUGAUAGGCCAUACACCUAGACCGAGACUUAAACCAGAUGCAGUACCCACAAUAUUUGCUGUUGAUCAAAGUACCAGAGUAGACAUCAGAUAUGAAGCAAGGAAAAGAGAUCUAGAGCUGAUUGAGGAAGCUAGAAGAUUGAAAAUGAGUUCAAGGGAGUCAUCUGCUAGUAGAGAUGAGCCCAGCAGUGCUAAAAGAAGAUCAAUGGGACUGAGGAAAGAUGACAAGACUAAGAAUAAAGAACCAGAAGAAGAAAAAGAAGGGAAGGACAGUCGACCAAUCAGAACCCGCCUGUCAACAGGAAGUAUACAUAUGAAUGGUACAACUACAAUAGCUGUAGCUAAAGAGAUUGAAAACAAUAGUAAACUGUUGACAAAAGAUUCUCCAUGUGGUGUGAAUAAUAGGAAGAAGAAAUUACCAUUGAUAGAACCUCCUAAUUUAGGAACACCACCUCCUAAAAAGAGAAAGAUAGGAAGAAAUGAUGGGACAGGAGAGGACAACAGAAAUGAUUACUUUUGUUGGCUGUGUAACAAGGAAGGGACUGUGGUAUGCUGUGAACUGUGUCCCAGGGUCUACCAUACUAGAUGUCUGGACCUCGAUUCAGAUCUACCCAAGGAAUGGGUCUGUCCAGAAUGUGAGAAAAUAAUGAGAGCUGAGUGUGUGGAUACCCAGUCUAUGGCCAUGUCCAUGAUUACAGUUGAUACCCUCUGUUCUCUGUUAGGGUUUGCUUUAGAGAGAAUGAAACACCAAGGGAGUGAGCCCUUUAUGAUACCUGUUGAUCAGUCGUCUGUUUCACAUUAUUCUGAUUACAUAUUCAAUCCUAUGGAUUUGACCAUGAUUGAAAAGAAUAUAAAGAAAAAGAUGUAUGGUUGUACUGAGGCUUUCCUGGCAGACGCUAAAUGGAUUUUACAUAACUGCAUUAUAUUUAAUGGGACCCACCACAAACUGACUGCCAGUGCUAAAAUGAUCAUCAAAAUUUGUAAACAUGAGAUGGCUGAGAUAGAACUAUGUCCAGAUUGUUACUGGAAUUCAUGUGUUCGCAAAAAUGAUGAGUGGUUCACAGAACUUUGUAGAAGUCCUCACAGUCUAGUCUGGGCCAAGUUAAAAGGUUACCCAUUUUGGCCUGCCAAGGUCUUACGUGAAGUAGAAGGUCAGGUUGAUGUUCGUUUCUUUGGAGCUCAUGAUAGAUCUUUGUUACCACCAUCACAAGUCUUCCUGUUAUCAAAGAACAUACCAACACCAGCUAAAAAUAAAAAAGGGGGAUUUGAUUACUCAAUGCAGGAGUUAGAACUUCAUAUCCAGAAACUUGAACAGAAGUAUGGGACUUAUGAAUAUGCCCCAUUCCGGUGUCCAUAUGACAGAAAAAAUGUUUAUAAGGAAGGAAAGUUCAAAGUUUCACCUAAAAAGAGACUGGCAAGGUUAUCUAGUCUCAAGUUUGGACCAUCACCAGGAAUGAAGGAAUCUUUGGUUAAACAACGACCAAAAACUAAUUUGACUUCUGAGUCGAAAAUUACAGAAAAACAAUCAAUAUUGUCAAAAACAGCAUCAGCAGUCAGGAAUAAAUACAACAGUAUUAUAACUACAAGGAGAGCAAGUGGCUUUAGUAGUUCUGUGGAAAACUCUCCUGUUAAAGGAGAUACAAAUAGUAAUGGAAGCUCUCCUAUAAAAGGAGUUACAAACAGUGUUUCACUAGAAAAUUCCAAUGAUCAGGAAUCUUCUACAGACUCUUUAUCAGCUCCAGUUGAUUCAAAAGCAGCGUCAGAUAUUGUGUUGAAAUUGAAAACUCGAUUACAGGGUAAAAUGGCCGACUCAGAUGAGGUUAAAAAGGAGGACAAUUCUCAAUCAUCUGUGGAAAGUCAGACUGUUGAUGAGGAAAGUAGUAAGGGAGAUAAUUUGGAUGAUAUGGAAGAAAAUAUUCAGGAUGUGAAAAGUGAAGGAAAGGUAGACAGCAUUGCAUUUAAAACUAGAAGCCGAGUGGACAAUAGGACGAAGAUUUUAGAAACGAUUCAAAGUAAAUUGAAUCAAAUAGCCUCCGAUGAAGAUUCAGAAUUAACAGAAGGAACUAAUGAGCAAAAGUUUAAAGAGACUAAAAGCAAACUGGAAAAUACAGUUGAAGAAAAUAAACAAACAAAAAUUCAGAAGGAAAAGGUUGGCUCUGAUGGUGAAGGAAUAAAAGAAAGAACAGACAAUGAAAGUGCGAAAAUUGAAGAAAAGUUAACACCAACUAAACAUGAUUAUUUGAGUAAACUUCAAGAAACUAUUAAAAAGGGGAAGGAAAAUUUAGGAAUAAUUGAUAAAGAUGAUGAUUUAGAAAGUGAAUCUUCAUCAGAAGAAGAAGGGGAUGAGGACGAGGAGGAUGAAGAGACAGAUGAUGGUGAUGAUGAUGAAGAGGAAGGAUCGGAGGAGGAAAGCGAGGAAAAUGAUGUUGAAAAGAGCGAGGAAGCAAAUGUCAAUGAAAUUUGUGAUACUAAAAGUGCUAAAAUCUCAGAAACUGUUCCUGAAAAAAGCUCUGAGACCAAAAUGGAUAACAAAGAAAAUAAUAAAAAUGAUAAAAUUGAAAGUGAUAAUAAAAGUACUGAAAUUGCAGAUAAGGUUGUAAAAAUUGUUGACACUAAAUCUAAAACUGUUAUUGAACGGGAAUAUGAAACUGUUGUAAAAGACGUUCUUGAUGAAGCAACAGGGAAGAUAAGUCAAAUUAAAGAGAAACUUGUCUCAGAAAAUAAAGAUUACGACACAUGUUUGAUGAUGGAGGUUGAAACAGAAUCUGAUACAGAUAAACUUGUCAUUGAUACAGACGAUGAUAGAACUUUGUCUCCUUCACCAAAGAAACCAGUGUCGUCUGCUAAGUCAAGUCACAUGACUGAAAAAUCAAAAACUUCCACAAUUGAAUGUGCUCCUCCUACCUCAAAGCCAGCUGUAAGCUCAGUACCAAAAACCAAAGAUGUUUCUGUUGAGCUUGCUUCAUCUCAGACAGAACUCCACACAGAUUUCUUCCAGAAUGCCAUGGAGAUAUCUUUAAAUAACAAACCUGACAAUGAAUUGAAUAGUGCUAAUAAGUUGAUGACAAAGAAGUCUCCUGAUAGAGUGGCGCCACCUGUGACUGUGAUUAUGUCACCUACAGUGAAAUCACCCAUUUUAUCUCCAACAGUGAAAUCACCAGUUUCAUCCAGUGCAAAUACAAUUUUAAAUUCUAGUAUUAUCUCAAAUGUGGCUAAAAGUACUAUUGCAUCAAGUGCUAGUAGCCAUAGCAACCAAAGUGGUGCUCCAAACAAAACAGACGAUUCACGGAAUACAUUAAUCACUGAUUUCACACAGAAGGUGAUGGGACCAAUCCAAACAGCUUUCUCUGAUUUCUUCACUGAAGUACUUGAUCAAGAGAGAGAGAAAAUAAAACAGGAACUAUCAAAAACAAAAGAAAAACUUGUGGAGUUGGAGGAAAAGAAAAAGGAGAAGACUCCAGAAGAACAAAGUGAGGACAACAAGAAACAUUGGGAAUACACACAACAGUUUUCAGAGCUCAAGUAUAACUUCAGAUUGACAUGUUUGGAGAUGAAGUCUUCAUGGGAGUCAGAGAAAUCUCGACUAAUGGAUGAAGUGAAGGAAUUAAUGAAGAAAGAAAAAGAAACUGCUAUCAAUGACACAAAGAAAAAACAAUGGUGUGCCAGCUGUGGUAAGGAAGCCAUUUUCUACUGCUGUUGGAAUACCAGUUAUUGUGAUUACCCUUGUCAGCAGUCUCACUGGCCUACUCACAUGGCAACAUGUAUGCAACAGACAAAAGACCCAGACGCUAACAAGCCCCCAGUCAAUCAAAUGAUUCAUGCGUCUGCUACAAGUAUGCACACCAAUGGACCUGGUGGACCCCAGCCGCCAAAUAAAAGUCCAAUGGAAAUUGAGCAAGAGGAAUUCCAAAGACGGCAGCAAAGAGCUGAGGAACAACAUCAUCAUCAGUUUAACAUCCAACCAAAUGGAGGCUACAUGCCAAUGCACACGUCGCCACCUGGUGUCAUGCAUAACAUGCAUAAUAGACAACAGGAAUCACCGCCAAACCCAAGAAAGAAAAACGUAUGGUCAGACCAGGAUAUGAGCAAUGCCGUAAACGCUGUCAAUUAUGGCGGCAUGUCAAUUAACAAGGCCGCUAAAGUUUUUAAUGUUCCACGGAAUAAAAUAUCAGAAAGAAUACCAAAGAUAAAUAAUCCAGGAAUGAAUCCACCCAUGAUGCCAGGCAACCAACCAAAUCCACAGCUUCAACUGCAGUAUGUCCAACCGCCUCAACCAAUGUCCAUACCACCCAGUGUUCAGACAUUCUCAUCGCCACCUCAGUCUGCUCAGAUGAGAAUGCCAAACAGUCAGCCAGUUUUAACCAAUAUGAUGAAUCAACCAGUGAUGUCUCAGAACAACUCCAUAUUGUUCCCCGUACAACUUCGUCCGACACAACCACCAAUGAACAUUCCACCAGGCAUGAUGCAGCCGGGACAUCUAGUGAUAUCACAAGGGGGACAACCCCCACGACAAUCACUGAACAUGAUGCCUAGAAAUAUUCCAUUCCGAUUCUAACAUUGGCUCAGUGAAAUUAUUAUAUACAAGUAUUCAAGGUUGUCGGUAAUGGUAUGCCAUAUUAAAUUUUGAGACUUUCGCUGCAGAUGCCUAGAAAUAUUCCAUUCCGAUUCUAACAUUGGCUCAGUGAAGUUAUUAUAUACAAGUAUUCAAGGUUGUCCGUGAUGGUAUGCCACAUCAAAUUUUGUGACCUUUGACUGUGAAGUUGUGGCUUAGUUGCCACUUACUUGUAAAUCAACAAUCAUGUUAUGUGUGGCAAAACCAGAGUGGCCAAUUCAUUAAACAAAUAUGCAAAUGACUGUGAACUUUGAGGUUCAUAGUUGAAAGUCCUUGACUGCUGAAUUUUAAAAUAAACCUUGCUACUGAUACCUAUUGUUAAACAGCCAUUUCAGUGCUAUAAAAGCUGACAAUUAGUUAUGAAUUUUCUCUACCCAUCAAGCUAACUGCAUUUAAUAGACAAAUUUAAUAGACACACUAUAUGUUUAAUCCUUUGUAACUAAAGUUGGUACCUAACACUACAGGGAGAUUACUCUGUAAAGUCAGCUAAACUUUUUAAUUAUGUUGUGUUGUAAAAGGAAUAUUAAGCUUCUCAAUGAUCAAAAUAAGUUUUUGUCAAACUGCUAUAUAACCAGUGUAAUUUUUCUGAUUAAAUGGUUGGUUAAGUUUUUUUGAUUCUUUUAUAUUUUUGUUAGAGGGUCAAAGUAAAUACUUUGUCAAAAUU